AUGGAUAAAUCUCCAGCGAGGUGCUUCAAUUUGCUUUUCCUCGAGGAGGAUGAGGAGUACAUGGAUGACAUGAUGAUAACCAUGCGGAGGAAGCAGCCCCCCACAACACAGCCGUUGGGCGGGACGAAGCAGCCGCCCGCGAUGAAGCAGUUGGGCGCGACGCAGCAGCUGACCCCGACGCAGCAGGUGGUGGCCACCCGAGGGAGGCUGCGGCUGUGCUCGAAAUCGCUGGUGUUCGAGCCGCACAGCGUGGAGGACCCCGUUUUGAAGUUCCCCUUUAAAAAGAUGGAGAACGCCAAAAUGGGAGCCCUGGGAAACGAAAUCAUAAUCAAAGUGUCUGAAGUUAUAAAAAUGAAAACGAUAGUUCAUGCCAGGAAGACGAGAUGCACAUCGCAGUUCACCUACGACCGAAAGAACAGGCGCAUGUUGAACGUGAUGAACAACCUGUACAAUGAUUACUACGAGGAGAUUGGGUCCAUUGAUAAUGAUAACCUAGAUGAGAAAAUCCCCCUGUUUGAACGGAUCCUCAACAACUUUAAUGAAAAUGAAGAGGGCCCUUCCCCAGUGGGUAGCGCCUCCAACAGCAGUGUCCGCGCGUCCGUUAGCAGCACCGGGGGAGCCUCCUUUGUAUAUUUUUUCCAAUGCGACAAUGCACCAAACAGCGGGAGGAAGCUAAGGGACGUGUACAAUAUCAUGUUAAAGAUAAAGAUCGCCAUGGUGGUGCAUGAAAAGCAGAUGGAGAUUCUGAUAAAGGAAAAGAAGAAGAAGCAGGAAGAUGUGAUGUUAGGUGGGGGAGGUGAAGGGCCUGUGCUUCUUCCCUUCCAUGCACAGAGGGAACGUAGACACGAGAAGGGAGAAGUCGGGAUGAGCCCCACAUCGCACAACAGUACGCGUAAUGAAAAUGGAUCACAACUUUCACACAGCGUGAGGGAAAUACAUUUAGAGAGGUACAUUGAAAGGAUAAUGGAAAAGCUUAUUGAAAAUAUAAAAUUCGAUAUUAGUAGUAUUGGUCUUCACGAGAAAAUUAUAACAAGUCGCAUGGAAGGGUAUUGGGUGUUUAAAAUAUCUCCUCUGUUAAGAACAAAGGGGUUGUUAAACAUAACAAACAAAUUUAUUUACUUCCAAGCGAAUCCAAAUUUCACAAAUAAAAAGGAAAAAAAAUGGAAAACAGAAUCCAUCCUUCAUGUAUUUAAAAGAAUUAUAAUCAUGAAGCCAAAUGCAUUAGAAAUUAUAUUCGACCAUGAGAGUAAGAACAAGUAUAGCUCCUUAUACGUGGAGUUUAUAAAUUUUGGAGACAGGGAGCAAAUAAUUUCAGUCCUGAAAAAAAUAAACCCUCAGUGUUUUUUUAUUGAAGAAAAUAAAGAUUUUGUUUAUGCUAUUCAAAAAAAAUGGGAAGUCGGGGCAAUAUCUAAUUAUGAAUAUAUUGAUUUCAUUAAUUGCCUUGCUGGAAGGAGUAGAAAAGAUUUUUCUCAAUACCCUGUGUUUCCAUGGAUCCUGUGUGAUUAUGCAAGGGAGGAAUUGAACCUGAGUGAUGAUUCCAUGUUCAGAAAUUUGAAGAAGCCAGUUGGUUGUUUAAAUGCAGAUAGGUUAAAUUCGUUAAUAGAAAAAAUGCAGGAUCAUGAUUAUUUUUACGGUUCUCAUUAUUCUACUUUGGCGUACGUUGUGUAUUUUUUAAUUCGCUUACAUCCGGAAUGUCAAUUGAAGCUACAAAGUGGUAAAUUUGAUACACUGUCGAGAAUUUUUCUGUCCAUUGAAGGAACAUUCAACACUGCCCUCAAUGCCAACUCGUCCUUCAUCGAACUUAUUCCAGAGUUUUAUGAAGACAAUGAUAAUUUUUUAAAAAAUAUUCUUAACAUUAGUUCGAAUGAGGGAAAUAUACACGAUGUUGUUCUACCCAAAUGGUGUUCCUCAGCCAAAGAUUUUUUAAUUAAAAUGAAAAAUGCUCUAGAAAGUAACUAUGCUAAUAAACACCUAAACGAAUGGAUUAAUUUAAUUUUUGGUUACAAGCAAACUGGGCAAAUUGCUAAGGAAAAUUUCAACCUCUUUCACCCCCUCACAUACAUGCACACCAUUUUAAAUGAAAAACUCUCCGCUGCUAAUUAUAAAUAUCAUCAUGAACGAAUUAGAGAAGAACAAGAGGAAGAAGAAAAUGAAUUUGAACGGAACUUUAAUGAAAAAAUUAAAUCCCUUAUUACCACUAUGCCUUCUAAGGCCUUGAAAACACAACUGCACGAAUUUGGACAAUGCCCUUUUCAAAUUUUUAAAGAACACCAUGUGGCGAGGAAAUCCUGCGUGACGUUUAAAUACAGUGAGGAUAUUAAGAACUCCCCUUGGUACUACUCGCCUGUUUUUAACCAAGUGCUGCGAGAUUUGUACUUUAAACGAAAGAGAAGGAAAGACUUAAAGAUGCGCAGGAGGUUACUCAACCGCAGUCCCCUUACCCCAGGCGACAACGUCAGCCAAGAUGAGGAUAGCGGCGGUGAUGAGGACGGCGAUGAGGAGGACGACGAAGAAGAAGAAUUCGAGGAGGAAGACAAUGAGGAUGAAGCCUCAGUGGAGGAGGGAAUCGUCCUGCCUCAUGGGGAGGAAGAGGAGCCCGUGCAGGACCCCCUCCGAGGAAAGAACAAACGAAGAGGCAUAGUUGAGAGUACACCCCUCGAGGAGGAAAGAACCAACACCAAGUACACGCGAAAGAGGGAAUCACAAAAGGAAGUGUAUGCAGCAGAGUAUUUGAAAAAACACCAAUGGAAAUUACAUAGAAGCGACCACCUCCCCUGUGUGGUCAAAGGGGUUGGCUAUAACCAAGCAAACGUUUGUUUCGUGUGCAACAAUGGAUUCAUAAAAAUUAUCAGUCACAAUGACCUAAUUAGAAACCAAAUGAAGAACAAUAACAAUUUAAUUUCGUUAAAAAUUGGGGACGAGAACUUUUCAUGCGUUUCCAGCGCACAGGGGAACUACCUCAUAGGGACGUCAAACGGAAAUGUGAUCCUGUUAAAUCCUCAAAGCAUUUUGAAGGUGAACGAGGAGGGUGCGUCGUGGUCAUGUAAGGGAGGUGGGCAGUUCGCUUCAGGGGGUCACGCGGGUGCCGCCAACGCAGGGGAAGAUGACGCCCUGUCAGACGACUCCAGCAUCCCGCUGAGCGACUCCGGUCACUCGCUGCUGUCCUCCUUCGAUGACGUGUUUGAGUACGACUCACACAUGGUGGGGGGGGCUAAGAAGAACAAGGGAAAGCAAAAGAAGAAAACAGAUUUUCUCCAAAGCGCAAAUAUUUACAACCAAAUGAUUACAAGGAAGUUGCAUAACGACACGGUGAACAGCAUAAGUUGUUGUGACAGUUACCUCGCGACAGGCUCGGCAGAUGAAACGGUGCAGCUGCUAAGCAUUGAGAAGGAUUUUCAGAGUUUACAAGUCUGUGACAAUUUCACAGAAGCGGUGAAGUUCGUGCAGCUAAAAAAUAAAUUGUUGUUUACUCACUCAGAUGGAUUCAAAUUAUUCGACAUACGGGUUCCACGGAGGAAGAAGCUUCAGUUACGUAACCUGAAUGGGAAGAGGAACCCUGCCAAUUCGAACCGGGCAAGCAGCCACAUGUUUACAAAGGAAGGUAGUACACUGGGUACAAGAAAAUUCUUUCAGCUCUACGACAAUGAGCAAGUUAGACGUUUUUACAAAAGCAUUCAGAAGGUGUAUGAACAAAGUUACAUCAGCGUAAAUUAUAUGACCCCGCAAUAUUUAUUUGACCGAAAAAUGAAAAAAAAUUUGAAUUCAACAUUUGUAAAAAAUUCAAAUCAUAUCAUUUAUUCUUCUCUUAUAAAUGAUAAUACCAUUUUUACCUUAGACAAGAAUAGGAACUUUUAUUUUUAUGACAUUAGGGGACAGAACUGGGUGAAUGCUCUUUCGACCAGACCCAAUGAAAAUGGAAAAGGAAGAAAUAGCUUCCUCGUAACAGCUAGCUGUGAUGACAGGCAACAAUUGUGUGCAGUUAACACGCUGGGAGAUAUUUUUUUUGAGUCCAUACAUUUUUGGAACAAUUUUGACAACCCUGUGGAGGGGGACGAUGAUGAUGAUGAUACUGCGACGGGACUGGUGAGGACCAAUUUAUUCUCCUCAAGAUGUUCCUUCAGCCCGUCUUACAUUUCGUUUAUUAAUUACCCUGAUUGGUUGGGACAUGACUUGGCUGUCCACAAUGAGGGGGGCAGUGAAAAUGGCUCCUGCAAUUAUAUUUUGUUUACGGGGCCCGACGGGAAGAUGGAGAUACACAGGAGGGGUGCCCACGGGGCGUAG